AAGCUUCUCUUGACUGAAGUGUGGAGGUGUGAUGAGUUCAUAACUGGAUCUUCUGAGAGUCUCCUUAUUCAUAGCGAGAACUUACGGGAAGUAGCAAUUUCCCCCCCAAAAAAAUCAGCAACUUUCUGGCGUGUUAUUCAAGUCAACCUGAGUUGGGGAUUGUCUCGAAUUUUGUAGCACCAUCCUUUCUAGGGUACCUGGGGCGGUCUCAAUUCUGUUUACUGUCUUUUAGUAAGGUAGUCAGGCACACCUUGUUGCCAUCUGCCCCCCGAUAACGAUAAGGGACCUUAGAGUGGGAUUCCCACAGCGCUCGCCGACAAUGCGCGUGCCCCCAGGGUCCUUCCAUCUACACCUCGACCAACACCACCAUCCUAGGUACACAACGACUUCAAACACAGCAAGCAUCCCUCUAGAUUUCCAAUCGAACCGAGUGAUCCCAUCGGUGCACCCCAAGAUGCAGCACACCAAAGCACCGCAAGAUCCAAACCUCUACGGCCAACCAGCGGCCAAGAAGCGCAAAAACGACAGUUCUCUCGGCAACUCGCUCGACUUCACAGCCCAGCUCACCUCCCUCAUGUCGGCGCCCGCCGCAACAUCCUCAGCGCGACCUCGACCUUCAAAGACACGAUCAAGUCUCUUUAGUGGAAAGGGGAGAGAUGGCGACAGCGGCAGCAAGCACAACAAGAAGUCCGCAGACACAGCAGCAGCAGCGGCCAGCAGCAACAAGCUGAACCUCAAAGACCCGCUCGGCACAGAGGAAGAAACAUCGAAUCUCGCCCGCGCGCGGCGCAAGAUGGAAGAGAAAGCACGCCUCUACGCGGCCAUGAAGCGCGGCGACUACGUCCCCAAGGAGAACGAGGCGGCGCCCCUCAUAGAUUUUGACCGAAAAUGGGCCGAAUCCGAGGACAAGAAGAAUAAGAACGGCGGCAGGGAUGCGGCAAACUCAAGCGGCGGCUCCGACGACGACGACGACGACGACGACGAGAACGAUUCCGACGGCAACGACGAAGACAACACAAUCAUAGAAUACGAAGACGAAUUCGGCCGUCUCCGCCGCGGCACAAAAGCAGAUAAAGAACGCCUCGAGCGCCAGCGCCGCCGCGGCCUCCUCGGCGCCGAAGAGCUCGAACGCAUGUCGGCCCGCCCCGCGGCGCCCGCAAAACUGCUCUACGGCGACGCCAUCCAGACCAUGGCCUUCAACCCGGAGGACCCGGACAAGAUGGCGGAGCUGGCCAAGAAGCGGGACCGCAGCGCGACGCCGCCCGAGGCGAGGCACUACGACGCCGACAGCGAGAUCCGCACAAAAGGCACGGGCUUUUACAAGUUUAGCAAGGACGAGGAGACGAGGCAAAAGGAGUUUCAGGGGCUCGAGGAGGAGAGGGUGCGAACGGAGGCGGCGAGGAGGGAGAGGGAGGAGAAGAAGGAGGCGAGGCGCAAGGAGAUUGAGCAGCGGCGGAAAGAGGUCGAGGCCAGGAGGGCCAAGAAGAUGGCGGAGAACUUUCUGGAUGGGUUGGCGGCUGACAUGAAGAGGGAGCGUUGAGAGACGAGACCAUUUGAGAAGCAAUGUCUAGUCUAGAUGAUACCCAAUUAGCAGGCACGCAUUAUGAUAGGAAGGCUAUGGCUACAGAAUAGUUGUUGUUCAUAUGACCUUAAUUUCUUCUACACCUACCGCUCUACACCUAAACCUAACACUACGACUAAGAUAAGAUGACUUGCAACAUGAAUAAAUCUCUUUAAAUAAGUGUGUAGCCUACUAUGAAAGGAAUCGACAGGCUAUAAGUAAACCUUUCCGCCGUCC